GUCGACAACUGCUCGGAACGCGCAUCCGUUUGAUACGAUGAGGGUCCCAAGCUGCAAUUCACUCUUUCCUCCGCCUCAUUCCUUCAUAGUUACCUUUUCGUGUGCCCCGUUUGCCCAUUCCCUUAUUGCGACGUGAACCGCGCUAUCUCGAGAGCAUGCCGCAAUCCUUCGCCCGUUGAUUGAGAUCCCGUAGUACUGGGGAACGUGGCUGUUGCCACAGUUUUCGAGGUCCUACAGCUCUUAAUCCCAUUUCCCGCGCCCCAUUGCGGACCUAGACAGCCGUCAUGGCCAUCUUCUCGCAGACAUGGACGCUCACGAAGAAGACGCUGAUGGUGGUCUUCGUGCGGCACUGGUUCUUCACGAGCAUACGCGCAUUCUGGGCGCCUAUAAUCUUCAUGUUCUUCAUUACCUACGCUAAGAACUUCUUCGUCCCGCCCUCAGAAUUCGGUAUCGGAUCGCCCACGCCCCUUCGAAGCUUCGAAAACGCGCUCGGCGCCGCGGCCGGCAACCGCAAUACUGUCGUCUUCGUGAACAAUGGACAUACCGGAGGGGAUAUCGAGAGAGUUAUUGGGACCCUGACUGAUACGGUCCGCGGCGCUGGGAAGAUUGCGCAAACGGUAGAGCAGGACGUCGACCUUCUCACGACAUGCGCGAGCUCUCUAAGGGGCGCAAGUACUUGCUUCGGGGCCAUCAGCUUUCAUUCGUCGCCAACGGAAGGACAAGGAGGUGGCUGGAACUACACACUCAGGGCGGAUGGAGCAUUCGGAGAGCGGAUAUACGUCAACCAGGAGGACAACGAUAUCCAGAUCUACAUACUGCCUUUCCAGAACGCUGUCGAUAGGGCGAUUGUGUCUCUCAACGGAACCAACUUCCCCGCUACGAUCGACGAAUAUCCGUUUACCGACAAGACACAGGAGGAGCGAGAUGAGAAGAUACGGACGCUGUAUAUGGGUGCUCUGAUCGAUAUCAUGGCAGUGGCAAUCUACAUCGGCGUUUGCGGCGUCACAUACCAGCUCACCGGACAGAUGGCCUCGGAGCGCGAAGGAGGCAUCUCGCAGCUUGUAGAAGCCAUGUCACCUGCGAAGCGCCCAUGGCAUACACAAGCUGCUCGUCUUCUGUCGAACCAUCUCGCCUUUGAUAUCAUCUACCUCCCUGGAUGGGUUAUUAUGGGCAUCAUUAUCCGGCAGCUCGCUUUCAAGACUACGAACGUGGGCAUCAUGAUCAUAUACCACAUCCUGGUUGGUGCGGCAUUGACGAGCUUUUCCAUCUUCGGCGCCAGCUUCUUCCGCAAGGCUCAACUGUCCGGUAUCACCAUGGUCAUCAUUCCUAUCCUGCUGGCGAUCAUCGCGCAGGUUGCAGGUCCCUUCAACACCGGCGCUGUCGCCGUCCUGAGUCUACUGUUCCCGUCAAUGAACUACGUGUGGUUCAUCGUUUACGUAGCGCGGUUCGAGCGCGUCCUACAGCCGACCAAUCUCGUCGAAGCGGCGCCUGACUACAAGAGCCACGUAUGGACGCUUCCUGGGAUAGCCUUCUGGAUUUUCCUUAUUGUCCAGACCCUGGUGUAUCCUGUCCUCGGCGCUUUUGUUGAGCGGUGGCUUUACGGCACCGUGUCAAAGGACCGAAAAGUGUCGACUUCUUCUCCUAACCACUCCAUCAUUCUCUCGUCCUUCUCGAAGCAUUGGACGCCAAGCUGGUUCCGCGCAAAAGCCCUGUCGAAGAUCGGUAUCAAACCCCCGGAGACCGUUUUUGCCGUCAAUGACCUUAGCAUCAAGGCGCGCCGGGGCCAGAUCAUGGUUCUUCUAGGAGCCAAUGGCAGCGGGAAGUCGACCACCCUGGACGCCAUCGCCGGCUUGAACACGAUUACAAGCGGCUCCAUCGAGAUUGACGGCACCGGAGGCCUCGGCCUAUGUCCACAGAAAAACGUCAUGUGGGACGAGCUCACAGUCUUCGAACACGUCCAAAUAUUCAACCGACUGAAGACACACCCUGAGGGUGCCACGGAUGACAAGGAGACCAUCAAGAACCUCAUUAGAGCCUGCGACCUGGGACACAAGAUGAAGGCGCAGUCGAAGACGCUAUCGGGAGGUCAGAAGAGGAAGUUGCAGCUUGCGAUGAUGUUCACGGGCGGAAGCAGGGUAUGCUGUGUUGAUGAGGUUACCUCUGGCCUCGACCCUCUCUCGCGCCGCAAGAUUUGGGAUAUCCUUCUCGCAGAGCGUGGCGACCGCACCUUCCUGUUUACCACGCAUUUCCUCGACGAGGCUGAUGUGCUUGCUGACUACAUUGCCAUUCUCUCUCGCGGUAACCUCAAGAGCAAAGGUACAUCGGUGCAGCUCAAGCACGAAGUAGGCGCAGGUUAUCACGUCACUUAUCCCAAGGAUACCCCAAUCACCCCCAGUAACGGAGUGCGUAAGCCCGCUCCUUCUGAGGCCAUGAUACAGUAUUGGUUCCCCGAUGCUCUUGCAGCCACCAAGUUCGUCGACGACCUUCGCCAGCAUGGCGUGAAGAACUACGAUAUCGUCGGUCCCACGCUAGAGGAUGUGUUCCUGGCGCUCGCAGAGGAGAUCAAAGACCUGCACAAUCUUGACUCGGGGGAGCCUACGCCCGCCGACGCGCCAAAGGAUGCUGAUCUUCUCUCUCGUCCCACGUCCGAGCAGAACUCUGAGGCCGACAAAGGUCCGCAGAUGUCGAAGGGCUUGGGUACUUCGAUGCCCAAGCAGACGCUUAUCCUAAUUCAGAAGCGCUUCACAAUCCUUCGUCGGAACUACUGGCCCUACGUGUGCGCUGUCCUCAUUCCUAUCGUCGCAGCCGGUCUCGUCACGUUGUUCCUGAAGGGUUUCGAGGCAGUGGGCUGCGAUCCCGGAGAUGCAGCCAAUGAUCCAGACGUGUUCUCGCUCGCAAACGUCGAUGUCAACCCAUUGAUUCCCAUCGGCCCUUCUAGUCUCAUCGACGUCAGCAUUCUCGCAGAGCGCUCCGGGCUGAAUGAGUCUGCGUUCCAUCUUGUCAGCACGCUGGAUGAGUUCAACGACUUUAUCCAGGCACGAUUCCACAACGUCACGCCGGGCGGCUUCUUCCUCCAGGAGAACGCCCCGCCACUUAUGGCAUACCUCGGCAACGGCGGUAUCAUCGGAGGCUUGGUGACGCUGGCCGCUUUGGAUGAUACUCUUACUGGCAUUCCGAUCUCGACACAAUAUCAGCAAUUUGCCGUACCGUUUGCUCCUGGGAUGGGGAAGACUUUGCAGCUGAUUCUAUACUUCGGCCUAGCGAUGAGCGUGUAUCCUGCUUUCUUCGCAUUGUACCCGACUGUGGAGCGUUUGAGGAAAGUGCGAGCAUUGCAUUACAGCAACGGAAUCAGAGCGGCGCCGCUGUGGUUGGCGUAUCUGAUUUUCGAUUUCUGUUUCGUCGUUUUGAUUUCCGCUGUCGUCACCGGAAUCUUCGUUGGGGCUUCCUCCGUAUGGUACAAUCCCGGCUAUCUGUUCGUUAUCUUCUUCCUCUACGGUCUGACCUCGAUCCUCUUCUGCUACAUAAUCUCCAUCAUUGUCACCUCCCAGCUCGCCACCUUCGCUUUCGCGGCCGGAGGUCAAGCCUCUCUCUUCCUUCUAUAUUUCAUCGGAUACAUGUCGAUCCUCACGUACUCUCCAGCAUACCGCAUCGACAGCGACAUUGAGAUCUUCCACUUUGCUUUCGCAACCAUAACGCCCUCUGGCAAUCUCCUUCGGACAAUGCUCCUCUCGCUGAACUCCUUCUCCCUGCUCUGCGACGGCAGCCAGAUAAGGGCCUACCCAGGGGAUAUUAACGUGUACGGCGGACCUAUUCUGUACCUGAUCGUACAGGCCAUCAUCCUCUUCAUCGCGCUGGUAUGGUGGGAUUCCGGAUACAGACCGCCGAUCUUCAACCGUUCCAAGUCACGCCAACGCCACUCCGAGGAGGACGUUGACCUGCUCGACCCUGCCGUCGCCCAUGAGAUCGCUCGUACCGAACAAUGUAAUGAUAGUCUCCGUGUUCUUCACCUGCAUAAGGAAUUUGGCAAUAACCACGCUGUUAACGACAUGACCUUUGGUAUCCCGCAAGGCCAGGUAUUCGCUUUGUUGGGACCCAACGGAGCUGGAAAAUCGUCCACUAUCUCUCUCAUCCGCGGCGAUAUCCACCCCACCACUAGUAUCAACGGCGGAGGCGACGUUCUCAUCGAAGGUAUCUCGGUUAUCUCAAAGCGCGCAGUAGCCCGCGGCCAUCUUGGUGUAUGCCCCCAGUUCGACGCCAUGGAUACCAUGACCGUCACCGAGCAUCUGCACUUCUACGCUCGCGCUCGGGGAGUCCCCGAUCUAGAGUCUUCCGUUAACGCAAUCUUGGCUGCUACUGGCUUAUCUCGCUUCCAGACCCGACUCGCGUCGAAACUUUCCGGUGGUAAUAAGAGGAAGUUGAGCUUGGGUAUCGCGUUGAUGGGGAACCCUAGCGUCUUAUUACUGGAUGAACCGUCUUCCGGUAUGGAUGCCGCAGCCAAGCGAGUCAUGUGGAAAACGCUUCUCGGUGUCGCGGCGCCUGGACGAGCUUUGCUGAUUACUACGCAUUCAAUGGAAGAGGCGGAUAAGCUGGCUACGAGAGUGGGCAUCAUGAAGAGGAAGAUGCUUGCGCUGGGCACUGUCGGCGAGCUGGGUGACCAGUACGGUGAUGCUUUUGUGGUGCAGAUGGUGCUCAAGUCUGCGCCGGAAACGACUACGGGGGAGAUGGACGCCGUUAAGGAGUGGGUGAGGCAGAAGAUACCAUGCGUACAGAUGGACAAGUGGGGUUCGAGGGGUGGAGGACAUGGCCAGCUGCGGUUCAAGGUGCUCAAGGCGGCUACAUCCCCUCACCACCAUUCUCCUGAGAAGAACGGCUCGACUGUCCAGGAGAUAUCAUCGAUGUCCAAUACCGACGACAUUGGCGGCAUUCCCGGUCUUAUCCAGCUGCUCGAAUCUCACCGCAACGAAAUCGGGCUCGAGUACUACUCCGUCUCUCCCACGACGCUGGAUGAGGUCUUCCUAAAGGUCGUCGGUGAGGAGGAAGAGGAAGACGGGAAGAAGAAGAAUAGGAUUGGGAAGUGGGGAUGUUGGGGACUUUGCCGUGGAGCAUAGGGUAAAGGAAGGAGGAGGAAGGGGAGAGAAGGCGGGAUAAGGAAGUCUAGAGGCUUCUGCGUGUUUUGGCUGAGUAUGAUCAUCGUCAUGCCUUGCGGCUGGAUAUAGAGAGCAUAAGUGGUCGGAUAUACCCAUGGUACAUACAUAGAUGAAUCAAACCCCC